AUGUGGGUCUAUCGUCCGAAGUAUUUUCUUGAAGUUUGUCGGCAUUAUUUUCUCUCAGCAAGGCUUUCCGCGGACAAAUUGACGCAUGAUAUGGUGCUUCGCAGUCUUCCAAUGCUCAUGUGGUUUCGUUUCGGAGUGCGUAUGAGUGCAAGUUCGCUAAAGAGGCGUUUACGCAUUGCCGUGUUCACAGCAAUUGACAAGAGCGUAAGUGCCAGCACUGGCAGCUUGCUGUUUUUCUUUGAUUUCCUUUCGUACUCCCAUAACGUGGUUACUGUGUCUUUGCCGAAGUCAACAUGGCAAGAUGCGGUAUACGUGCCUUCCAUCCAGCUGUACAUCUCACGGCGCAGCCCGCUGUCAUCAGUAUCAACAAAUCGGCGGUAG